AUGGCUCAAUCAAACCAUAUCCGCAACAUCGCCAUCGUAGGCGCAACAGGCCAACUAGGCAAACACAUCUCGGCCGCGCUCCUUAAGAACCCGACCUUCAACAUCACCGCCAUAACCCGCAACACGAACACCUCCUCCUUCCCUCCUGGCAUGACCGCCAUCCCAGUCGACUACUCCACACCCUCGACCCUCACCUCCGCCCUCGAAGGCCAGGACGCCCUUAUCAUCACCCUCUCCGUCACCGCGCCCCCUGACACCCAGUCCAAACUCAUUCAUGCCGCUGCCGAAGCCGGGGUCCCAUGGAUCCUGCCCAAUGAAUACGGCGGCGAUACCGACGCCCUUGCCUCCAAUGAAGUGGGCAUGGGUUCACCAAAACAGGCGGCACGCAAGCUAAUCGAGGAGCUCGGCGUGUCGUCCUGGGUUGGCAUCGUGUCCGGCUUUUGGUACGAGUACUCGCUCUCCGGGCCAGGGUUCUACGGGAUUGAUAUUGCGAAGAGGGAGGUUACGUUCUUCGAUGAGGGGACCCAGAGGAUGAAUACGAGUACGUGGGCGCAGGUAGGGAGGGCGGCUGCGGGGUUGCUUGCGCUGCCUGUGGAGGGACAAGGAGGGGAAACGGCGUUGAGUGAUUAUCGGAAUCGCUUUGCGUUUGUCUCCUCGUUCACGGUUAAUCAAAGGGAGAUGUUGGAUUCGUUGAAUCGGGGUUUGGAGCUGAAGGAUGAGGACUGGAAAGUUACGCGUGUGAGUGCGAAGGACAGGUUUGAGGAUGCGCGUAAGAGAAUGGCUGGGGGAGAUAGGAUGGCGUUUGCGUACAUGCUGUACACGCGAUACUUCUUGCCAGGAGAAGAUGCAGGGCUGUAUGAGAAGACGAAAGGGCUGGACAAUGAGAAGUUGGCUCUGCCGGUGGAGGAUCUGGAUGAGGCGACGAAAGUAGCUGUUGGUAUGGCGGAAGAUGGCUAUUUUGCGAAGCUGGCAUACUCGAGGUCGAGGUAA